GAACUGAAAUACGGAUAUACGUUGACUAAGGAGUUGGAAUAAGACUUGAGUCCUGCUCUGUGAUAUUUAUAUACCUGGACCAUGAACUUGCUGUUUGGCUUCAUACUUUAGGAACCUUUGUAGUAACUCAGUGAAGCUGUUGGGAAUCAUGGCAUUCUCUCCAUGGAAGUUGUCCUCUCAGAAACUUGGCUUUUUUCUGGUGACUUUUGGUUUCAUUUGGGGAAUGAUGCUUCUGCAUUUUACUAUUCAGCAGCAAACACAACAUGAAAGCAGUUCAGUCCUGCGUGAGCAAAUUUUGGAUCUCAGCAAAAGAUACAUCAAAGCAUUAGCUGAAGAAAAUAAAAAUGUGGUUGAUGGGCCUUAUGUCGGAACAGUGACAGCAUACGAUUUGAAGAAGACACUUGCUGUCUUGUUGGAUAAUAUCUUGCAGCGCAUUGGGAAGCUAGAGUCCAAGGUGGAAAAUCUUGUACUUAAUGGAACAGGAGCAAACUCUACCAACAACACCACCACCCCUGCUCCCAGCUUAGGAGCAGUUGAAAAGCUUAAUGUAGCAGAUCUCAUAAACGGAGCCCAAGAACAGUGUGAAUUGCCUCCUAUGGAUGGUUUUCCUCACUGUGAAGGGAAAAUAAAGUGGAUGAAAGAUAUGUGGCGAUCGGAUCCCUGUUACGCAAGUUAUGGUGUAGAUGGGUCCACGUGCUCCUUUUUUAUUUACCUCAGUGAGGUUGAAAAUUGGUGUCCUCGUUUACCUUGGAGAGCAAAAAAUUCUAAUGAAGAAACUGAUCAAAAAACAGUGGCUGAAAUUCGGAUCAACUUUGAUAAUCUCUACAAAAUGAUGUCAAGACAUGAGGAAUUCAGGUGGAUGAUGUUACGCAUCAGACGAAUGGCUGAUACCUGGAUUGAAGCAAUUAAAUCACUUGCAGAAAAACAAAAUUUGGAGAAGAGAAAACGAAAAAAGAUUCUUGUUCAUCUGGGGCUUUUGACGAAAGAAUCUGGAUUCAAGAUUGCAGAAAAUGCGUUUAGCGGUGGCCCACUUGGUGAAUUAGUCCAGUGGAGUGAUUUAAUUACAUCUCUCUACUUACUGGGCCAUGACAUCAGGAUUUCAGCUUCACUGGCAGAGCUCAAGGAGAUUAUGAAGAAGGUUGUAGGUAACAGAUCUGGCUGCCCUACCCAGGGGGAUAAAGUUGUAGAACUCAUUUACAUUGAUAUUGUGGGACUCACUCAGUUUAAGAAAACCCUUGGUCCAUCAUGGGUACAUUACCAGUGUAUGCUAAGAGUUCUGGAUUCCUUUGGAACUGAACCAGAGUUUAACCAUGCCCAUUAUGCCCAGUCUAAAGGCCACAAGACACCAUGGGGAAAGUGGAACCUUAAUCCACAGCAGUUCUAUACAAUGUUCCCUCACACUCCGGAUAACAGCUUCCUUGGAUUUGUGGUAGAGCAGCAUCUGAAUUCCAGUGACAUUAAACACAUUAAUGACAUCAAAAGGCAGAAUCAAUCUCUCGUUUAUGGCAAAGUAGAUAAUUUCUGGAAGGAUAAGAAGGCUUAUCUGGAUAUCAUCCACACCUAUAUGGAAGUCCAUGGAACUGUUCACGGGACAAGCACCAUUUAUAUUCCCAGCUACGUAAAAAACCAUGGUAUACUCAGUGGGCGGGAUUUGCAGUUUCUACUGAGAGAAACGAAACUGUUCGUUGGUCUCGGAUUUCCAUAUGAAGGGCCAGCUCCUUUAGAGGCUAUUGCUAAUGGAUGUGCUUUUCUAAAUUUAAGAUUUAACCCGCCAAAAAGUAGCAAAAACACAGAAUUUUUUAAAGGCAAACCUACACUCCGAGAGUUGACAUCGCAGCAUCCCUAUGCUGAAGUUUACAUCGGGAAGCCCCAUGUCUGGACUGUUGACAUCAAUGAUCUUUCUGAAGUUGACAAGGCUGUGAAAUCAAUUUUGAAUCAAAAGAUUGACCCUUAUUUGCCCUAUGAAUUUACAUGUGAGGGAAUGCUUCAGAGGAUGAACGCGUUUAUUGAAAGACAGGAUUUCUGUCAUGGGCAGGUGAUGUGGCCACCAUUAAGUGCCCUUCAAGUAAAAACUGCUGAACCUGGAAAAUCCUGCAAACAAGUCUGUCAGGAAAACCAGCUCAUCUGUGAGCCUUCCUUCUUCCAGCAUCUUAACAAGGACAAAGCUCUGCUUAGGCAUAAUAUUGAAUGUCUCACCAUGGAGUCUGCAAAUGAUAUUCUGGUCCCCUCUUUUGAUGGAAGAAGGAAGCACUGUGUUUUCCAAGGUGACCUCUUAUUGUUCAGCUGUGCCGGCUCCCACCCAACCCACAGAAGAAUCUGCCCCUGCAGAGACUAUAUUAAGGGGCAGGUUGCGCUUUGUAAAGACUGCCUAUAGCAGCAGCAGAGCUUCUUUUGAGUUGAGGACAAAAUGUAAGUAGUUUUGAGAGGAGCUACUUAUUACUUCCUGCACUUUUGUCCAGGUUUUUCGCUGCAGGCAGAGCUAUCAUUGCUGGGCAGAAUUAUCUACUAAGAGAGGAGGGAUUCAUAACAAACAGCUAACUGACCUUUUCUCCCUAUAAGAACAUUUGCAGUGUAACUCUUCAGAUUCUUUCAUCUGUUUGCGAAGAGAAACGAGUUUCAUGUUCUACAGUGAUUUGAAGAUGACUGCACAGAAUAGUUUGUACAAAAUUCCCAGACCCAUCAAACUUCUUUUUCUGUUGUUUGGGUGAAGUGUUUUCUAUUUUUUUAAUGAGUUAGGACAUCCCCCAUCAUGGUUAGCUAAAGGAUCUCAACUUCAUUCCAGUAGAAAAUUGAAAAA